AUGUCUGGCUCAGGAAGAUCAACAUAUCGUUCGGAAAAAUCGCCCCUUUUAAAGCCUCGUCAAGACGACCACCACCACAAUCACCGGCACUCUUCCAAUUCCGUCAAUCCGGCGGUUGAAAUGACGACCCCUCCUCCGCCUCGCCGUCCCAUUUAUCUCGGCGUCGACGUUGGCACCGGCAGCGCUCGUGCAGGUCUCUUUGAUGAGCAUGGAAAACUCCUAGGCUGUUCCAGUAGUCCUAUUCAGAUUUGGAAAGAAGGUGAUUGCAUCGAGCAAUCUUCAACUGAUAUAUGGCUGGCAGUCUGCACUGCUGUAAAAGCGGCUUGCUCCCUUGCAAAUAUUGGUGGAGAAGAAGUAACGAGUCUUGGAUUUGCUGCUACUUGUUCCCUUGUUGCGGUCGAUUCUGAUGGAGAACCUGUAUCAGUUUCUUGGAGUGGCGAUGCUAGGAGGAAUAUCAUUGUCUGGAUGGACCAUAGAGCAGUAAAACAGGCUGAAAGGAUAAAUUCCUCUAAUUCUCCUGUGUUGCAGUAUUGUGGCGGUGCGGUUUCCCCUGAGAUGGAACCACCAAAGCUUUUGUGGGUGAAAGAAAAUCUACAAGAGUCUUGGUCUAUGGCAUUUAGGUGGAUGGACCUGAGUGAUUGGCUCUCCUACAAGGCUACAGGAGAUGAUACUCGAAGCUUGUGCACCACAGUAUGCAAGUGGACAUACCUAGGUCAUGCACACAUGCAUCAAACCUCUGAAAAAGAUUCUCGCGGCAUGGAAGCUUGUGGCUGGGAUGAUGAUUUUUGGGAGGAAAUUGGGUUGGGUGAUCUUGUUGAUGGCCAUCAUGCUAAGAUAGGGCGAAGUGUAGCUUUCCCUGGCCAUGCGCUUGGAUCAGGUUUAACUCCAGAUUCAGCAAAGGAAUUGGGUCUUUUGGCUGGUACACCAGUUGGUACUUCCUUGAUAGAUGCUCAUGCUGGUGGUGUAGGAGUCAUGGAGAGCAAGCCUCCUUCAGAUUCUACCGCAAAUGAUGAUGAGGAAGUUAUAUGUCGUCGCAUGGUGUUAGUGUGUGGAACUUCCACCUGCCAUAUGGCUGUAUCGCGUUCCAAGUUAUUUAUUCCUGGAGUCUGGGGACCAUUUUGGUCUGCUAUGGUGCCAGAAUACUGGCUAACUGAGGGUGGUCAGAGUGCCACGGGAGCAUUGCUUGAUUAUGUAAUUGAGAAUCAUGUUGCUUCUCCUCACCUAGCAAAUACUGCUGCUUCUCGAAGGAUCUCCAUUUUCACUCUGUUAAACGAGAUAUUGGAAACAAUGAGGCAAGAACAGGGGUCUCCAUUUCUUGCUGCUUUAACUAAUGAUAUGCAUGUACUUCCUGACUUUCAUGGUAACAGAUCUCCUGUCGCAGACCCAAAAUCUAAAGGGAUGUUAUGUGGCUUAACUCUUGACACAAGUGAUAAACAGCUUGCAGUUCUGUACCUUGCCACAGUACAAGGCAUUGCGUAUGGUACCCGGCACAUCGUAGAGCACUGCAAUGCCAAUGGGCACAGAAUUGACACAUUGCUCGCUUGUGGUGGACUUACAAAAAAUCCCCUUUUCAUUCAAGAGCAUGCAGAUAUUACUGGUUAUCCUAUCAUUCUGCCAAGGGAAAAUGAAUCUGUGCUCUUGGGCGCUGCUAUUCUAGGAGCUGUUGCUUCUAAGAAAUACUCUACCGUACGGGAAGCCAUGAUGGCACUCAAUGCUGCUGGGGAGGUUGUCUACCCAUCACAAGACCCUAAAGUGAAGAAAUAUCAUGAUGCGAAAUAUCGUAUAUUCCGUGAACUUUAUGAACAACAAGUAGCACAUCGUUCAAUCAUGGCUCAGGCUUUAGCAUAG